AUUUAAAGAGUUUCCAAAAAUUCAAAAGCUUCCCUCCAAACGCUUUUUAAUUUUUCUUUGUAGAUCGAAGUCGAAACAACACUCUGUUUCUCGUGAUUCUCAUUAAUAACAUUCCCCUCUCUCUCUCUCUCUCUCUCUCUCUCUCUCUCUGUUUCUUCAAUCCCGAUUCCGAUUUCUCUUUAAAUCUCUCUCUCUCUCUUUCUCUCCUUAUAUUCUUUUCUCUUUAACGAUCGAUUUUGAAUUCUCCAAUGGACGACGGUGGAGUGAGAGCAGGAUGCAUCCGGAUCAGAUGCCCGUCGCCACGGAGAAUCGUGUCUCGGUGGUUCUCUCCACAAGGAAAGAUCAAAGGGAGGAAGACGGCUAUGGCAGAAGCAAGGGUGAGAGACGACUGUGACGUGGUGAGGAUCAGAACUUUCUCCGAGGAUAGUCAUCAUGGAGUUGGCCAAUUAUCAGAUUCGCCGCCACCAACGAUCCAUUCCGAGAAGUUUUUAGAAUUUCACAACGAUGAAUUGAGGCGAAAACAGCAAGAGUUUCGCUUUCCGAAGCAAGAGCAAACUGAAACCUCUGCGUAUUCCGCCACAAGUGAUGUUGUUGAUGGCCCUGAAUCUUCUACUGAUCACUAUUACUCUCCACAGAUCAUUGAGACAUCUAUGAGUGUUGGAGGUGAAGGGUCUUUGUCACAUUAUGUAUAUAAGCGAGGGGAUGAUUCUGGAGGUGAAAUGGAUCAGCUUGAAGCUGAACUUGAAGCUGAGUUUGAGCUUCUUCAGAUUGGUCAAGACCAUGAUGGUAUAAGUUCUAAGCUCAAGGAGGUUUCAGAGAAGAGUGAAAAUGCAGAAGGAUUAAGAUUGGUACACGUGUGUCCAGGACUAGUAGAGGAACAACAAGGAGUGUGUCCGUAUGAGCUGGAGAGAAGACUACACGAGCUCAUGGAGACAAGACAACAAGAGGAGAUAAAGGAGUUAGAGAUUGCAUUGGAUGAUGCUAAACAAAGGCUUCAUUUGAAGGAGACGGAAGCUUCUUGGUGGAAAGACACUGCUUAUAUAGUCUCUGAACGUAUUCCAGAACCUUCUAGAAUCACUUACAGCUCUCGAACUCAUCCUUACCCUCUCUCAAGGUGAGAAUUUGGUAUUUCACAUUUCAUUACAAAAAUUAGAACAGAGUAUGUAAUUUUGUGAAGAAGCAACAUGUUAAUUAAUGGAUUGUCCUUAU